AUGGUUCUCGUGGACGGUAAUUCUCUGUUUUUUCGAGCUUACUACGGGACGAUGACGCCCGGGAGAGAAAUUUUGACCAACUCGGCUAACUUGCCCGUCAACGCCUUGCUCACCUUUGGCCGGAUGAUGCUCAAUCUUGUCUUCAGCCACCAACCUAAUUACUUGUUCGUAGCUUUUGACACCGGCCAGAAAACUAAGCGACACGAGAUGUGUGAGCGCUACAAAGCGAACCGCAUUCAAGCUCCCCAGCCGCUUAAGCAACAGAUUCCGAUCAUGCACGAAAUGCUCGACAGUUUAAAAAUUAAACACUAUUCCUUAGCCGGUUACGAGGCCGAUGAUUUAAUCGCCAGCAUUGUCAACAAAUACCAAAAUCAACUGACGGUGACGGUUUUUUCCGGGGACCGCGACCUUUGGCAACUGGUAGCGCCCAGCGUUAGUCUAGUCUCACCGCAGAGUGGACGGAAAAAACCGCUCGUUUUAAACUCGGAAAAUUUUAAAAAUUUAACCGGUUUGGCUCCCGAGCAAAUCGUCGACUACAAAAGUCUAGUCGGUGAUAAUUCCGACAAUUUGCCGGGCAUAACUGGCGUGGGUCCCAAAACGGCGCUCAAACUGCUUGGGGAAUACGGAUCGCUGGAAAAAAUUUACGCCCAUCUGGCCGACCUGCCCGCGGGCGUCGCCUCCAAACUGACCAAAGACCGGGAGCAGGCCUUUUUAACGCGCCAAUUAGUGCGACUGGAAAAACACCUGGAGGUACCUUUUAACUUAGACGAACUCAAGUACGAACAAAAAAACCUCUUUUUCGGACUUAAGUUCUUCCAAAAGUACGAGUUAUACUCGUUGGUUAACAAAUUGAAGGCCGAAAUAGACCCGGUUGAGUUUUAG